AUGUCCAUGGGAGGAGUAGAGCGCGGAGUGCUAGAGAUCUCCUCGUAUUUGAAGGAGAAGGGCCAUGAGCCAGUCAUCAUGUGCGCAGGGGGAAAGUUGACAGAAGCUCUGAGGGGAAAGGGCAUCGAAGUGAUACUUGAGCCUUGCCUUCUGUCCAAGAACCCUAUCAACAUCUUCUUUCUUGUCCCAUGGAAGCUCCUCCAAGCCAUCCGGAGGUUUGGGAUACACAUCGUCCACGCGCGAUCCCGGACAUCGGCAUGGAGCACUUGGAUAGCUUGUCGGAUUUCUGGGACAAGAUACCUGACCACGCAUCACGGAGCCUACAGCCUGACGAAAGGAUUUUGGAAACGCGCCAUGGCUAGGCCAAUGUUGUGGGGCCAGCUCAAGAUCGUGUUAUGGAAAGGGCGGUUGGUAGAAACGAAAGCAGUGAUUAUACCAAGGGGCAUCGACACGUCACAAUUUCAAAUUUCAGAAGACAACAUAAGUGUAGCAAAAUGUUUUGCAAUGAAAUGGAACCUUUAUGAUUCCAAGUUGCGAACAGUGCUUCUUCCAGGGCGAGUAAGCAGGAUAAAGGGACAACUCGACUUCAUCAGAGCGUUAGUUUCUAUCUUUCUCCGCCCUUUCAGAGUCAUGAUCUCCAUUGCUGAUACCUUGACCUCUUCGAUGCAGACUAGCAACAUUCAAGGAGACCGCGAAGGACCAUGCAUCAUCAACAUAGAACGUCUCAUGCCCCUGGCAGGGAGAUUGAGGAGGGAGUGCGGGUUGAGCUGCCAACUGGAGGAACAAAUCCAUCCUGACGAGAUGCCUGGAGCUCUACUAUGUGCUGAUGUGGUAGUGAUCCCCUCUCUAACGGACGAAACGUUCUGUCGAGCCGUCAUCGAAGCCCUGGCUAUGGGAAAGAUCGUCGUGGCGUACGAAGGAGGAGGCAUAUCAGAGAUAAGGGAUUUCUUGCGAGAUGAGAUCGACGCGCUAUCAGAGGAGAUCCAGUCAUCACUCGAGGUAGUCAACUGA